ACACGGGGACUGGGGACGACAGAGGGCCAGUGCGGAGAGACUGGGAAAAGUCUGAGCUGGAUGGAUAAACCUAAACUUCCUUCCGGGUCAGCGUGAGCUCCGGGAGCUGCCGACGUGACCCUCUUCUUUCGGGGAGUGGAAGGACAGGAGUGGGCUGCUGACGUGACCUGUCAGUGUCGCCGCGGCGCUUCCAAGAUAGUAAGUACGAAGGAACUGAGGGUGGGGAAGCAGCUGAAGGCCAGGGAGAUAAAAAAGUCAGAGUCACAGUCGGGCUGGAGUGGAAACGAGAGGCGAGUGGGAGGCCCGGGGCUGUUGGAGUGCAGCCCUCCUCCCCUGGCUGGCGUGUGUAUAGCUUGCUUCGCUCAAAGCCCAAAUCUCAGACCUGGAGACCUGCCAGCUGAAGAGGAAGUCCCUGUCUAGCUCUGAGCCGAGCUGCUGAAGCCUGAGACCAGCAGCGGCUCCGAGAGUCUCCGGGAGAUGCUGCUCCUGCUGCUGGUGCUGCCCGUGGUUCUCUGCCCGGGCCGUGGCGGUGAGGAAAGUGGGCAACAGGCCACACCAGCUCGGGGACGGGGUCCACAUAAAGCCCCGGAAGCCUUUCAGGGGCCCACUUCUUACCAGGCCAUCCAGAUCUCGUCCUUCGCCAACAGCAGCUGGGCCCAGACCCAGGGCUCGGGCUGGGUGGGCGACGUGCAGAUUCACGGCUGGGACAGCGCCGCGGACAGGGCCAUCUUCCUGAAGUCCUGGUCCAAGGGGAACUUCAGUGAUGAAGAGGUGGCGGAGGUGGAGGAGAUCAUCCAGGUCUACCUCAGCGGGUUCGUCCUGGAAGUGCAGGACCAUGCCUCCGAGUUCCAGAUGCAGUACCCCUUUGAGAUCCAGGGCAUAGCCGGCUGUCAGCUGCAUCCCGGCGGGGGCACCGAGAGCUUCGUGCGGGGGGCUCUGGGAGGACUGGACUUCGUGAGCCUCAAGAAUUACUCCUGUGUGCCCGCCCCAGAGGGUGGCAGCAGGGCACAGCGCAUCUGUGAGCUCGUUAGUCAGUACAAAGGCAUCCGGGACAUUGGCGAGAAGCUCCUCUUUGAAACAUGCCCUCGGUAUCUCCUGGGUGUCCUCGAUGCAGGGAAGACAGAACUGCAGAGAAAAGUGAAGCCAGAGGCCUGGCUGUCCGCCAGCCGCCCUCCCAGUCCCGGCCGUCUGCUGCUGGUGUGCCACGUCUCCGGCUUCCACCCGAAGCCCGUGUGGGUGAUGUGGAUGCGGGGUGAGCAGGAGCAGCAGGGCACCCAGCGAGGCGACGUCCUGCCCCACGCGGACGGGACGUGGUAUCUCCGAGUGACCCUGGACGUGGCGGCCCGGGAGGCGGCCGGUCUGUCCUGCCGAGUGAGACACAGCAGUCUGGGAGGCCAGGACAUCGUCCUCCACUGGGGAAACCCCAUCUCCAUUGGCUUGAUAUCAUUGGCAAUAGUAGUGCCCCUCUUGAUCCUUUUGAUUGGUUUUCUCUGUGGGUUUUUGAGACGCUGGUCAUAUCAGAGUAUCUCAUGAACCCUUGUCAUGACUCCUCUUCCAUCUGGAAGAAGCACCCAGAAGCCUAGAAGCUCAAGCCAUCAGCCUCCUAUUUCAUCAAACAAUCCUGCUAUUUGAUCACGUCGAGCUCCCAUAGGAUGCAAGAUAAAUCACUACUUACAUCUAGCAGAAAAGUAAUAGAAAACCGUCCAUUUAUUAUGAGAUAGUAUCAAUAGUAUGGUUGCCCUGAUCUACAUGUGAGAUAUGGAAAAGAAUGUGUCUUAGAAUAAAUGGA